AUGGCCUCGAGCUACUACGUGCAGCGCGACGCCUACAACCGCUCCCCCUCGCCGCUCCACCACCACCGCCCUCCUCCUCCCGCCGGGCCCUCCGCCCCGGUUUCGCAGCCGCUGCGCUUCCUCCCGCCCUCGCAAGCGCACCGCCAGAACACGGCCCCGCCAGCACCAUACAGCCACUCGGGCUACGCCGCCGCACCGCACCAGCUCGACCACCCGCACCACCGCCCCCACACCGCGUCGGCGUCUGACUCGGAGCCGUCCUGCAUCAAGUGCUCGUCGUGCGCGGCAUGGGUCCGCCUCGAGGACCUCGGAGGGCACGUGUGCGCGGCGGCGAGGGCGAGGGAUGAGCGCAGGGCGCCGCCGGUCGGGCUGCAGCUCGAGCGAGGAGGGGGAGCGGGGGCAGGCUUGAACGGGGGACUGAGCCCUGGCCAGUACCUCCACGCGUCGCCGCCGGGCAGCGCCCCGCUCUCCUUCCCCACCACGUCCUCGUCCACCUCCCCGAGCGCCAGCACGAGCGCCCGCCUCGGCUUCUUCGACCGCUACCAGCAGCUCGUCGACACGAGCGAGCUCGCGGCGGGCAACAUGGCCGGCGUCGGCUCGGCGCGCUCGCCUCGUCUCGCGCCCGGCGGCAUCGGCGGCGGCGGUUUCCCGCACCACCAGCACCCGCAGCACCACCCGCCACAACGCUCGACGACCGCGCCCCUCCCGACGAGCGUCUCGGCGCCCAACCUCACCGUGCCCGGGCACGCGCCGUACUACCCGCAGACGCAGCAGCGCCGCCGUCCCGACGACGACGGCGACCGCGCGCCGUCCUCGCCCGGCCCGCCUUUGUCGCCCGGCGUCGGGCUCUACCGCCAGCCGUCACCGACACCUGUCUCGGCGCGCAGCAUGGCGAGCGAGUGGAGCGCCGCGCAGCGAGAGCGCGCCUUUGCCGACGGCGGGCUCGACACGCCCGCCUCGUCGGUCGCGCCGUCGAGCUCGUCGCGCUCGCGCAAGGAGAGCCUGCCUCGCAACGGCACUUCCGCCGCCACGCCGCAGCAGCAGCAGCAGCUCGCACGUGCGGCGUCGCAGUCGUCGUCGUCGGCCUCGUCGGCGUACCUCGCCUACGACCGCUUCUCGAGCGACUCGAUCCCGCAAUCGCGCUCGACGCCUGCCGGGCUCGGCGGAUGGGCGUCGACGUCGGGCGGGACUGUCGGUGGAGGAGGAGCAGGAACGGCGGGCGGGCUCGACGCGUGCCUCGAGGACCUGAGGCUCAUGGCCGACGGCGAGGACGGAGACGUGGCCGGGGAGGAGACGCUCGAGGCACUCUUCGAGGGUCGAAGGCGUGACGACGAGGAGGGCGCGCGGCGGGACGACCACGACGACCUGCUCGCGACGCCGAGGCAGGCUCCGAGGCGGCGGGACAAGGAGCCGCCGACGACGGCGCACAAGAGCCCGUCGCUCGCGCCCAACUCUCCCCUUUCUCCCCCUCCCACCUCGACCUCGACCUCGUCCGCUCCCCUGUCCUGUACCGCCUGCCGCACCCCGAUCCCGCCCUCGGCGACGCCCAAGCGCACCUCGGCCGGCCCGCCCUUCUGCCGCCCGUGCUACGCCGACCGGUUCCUCCCCAAGUGCCGCCGGUGCGCGCUCCCGAUCGAGGGCGGCGCCGUCACGUCGUCGGACGGCAAGAUCCAGGGCAAGUACCACCCGGCGUGCUUCUCGUGCUGGGCGUGCGCCGCCAAGUUCCCGUCGGGCGAGUUCUACGUCCUGUCGGGCAAGCCGUACUGCAUGCAGGACUAUCACGCGCUCAACGGGUCGCUGUGCGCCGACCCGAGGUGCGGCAAGCCCAUCGAGGGUCCGUGCGUGUCCCUCAUCGGCGAGGACAAGGGCGACGGUGGGCGUUAUCACCCACCCUGCUUCAACUGCUCCGACCCCUCGUGCCUCGUCCCCCUCCUCUCGCACCAUUUCGUCGUCGACCGUCUCCCGUACUGCGACGUGCACGCCGCAGGGCCCGUCCGCCGUCGCGCACCGAGGCAAGGCGCCGCCGAGGGCGUCGAGGCGAGGGCGAAGAAGCGUCAGACCAUCAUUACGAGGUCGUGAGCGGCGUCGCAGAGGGAGAGGAGAAGGGGCUCGAGCGCGCGAGGAGGAAGGACGGAGCGACGGGCGUUGGACCAUACCCUGGCUGUGUUAUUCCAUGUGCGACACGAUGUAUACACUCUGCGUCGCUGUC